AUGCGCAGGAUGUUUCAGAUGCCCCACCCCAUCCGUCUUUCCUUUUUUUCGAUGGAUUUAUAUCUCGUCCAAGGAGCAGAUAAUAUCAAGGAUGUGUUCAAAAACUCCUGGGUAUCAACCUCAACCUUUCUUCAUCAGUUUAGUUUGCGGAAUGCCUUUGGCAUGUCCGAAAAGGCUCUCGAGAUAUAUGAUAAAGAUGACUCCGGGGGCAGCCAUCGCCCAUACCCCGGAAGCACUGUGGAAGCCAGGAAUCGUGUUGAUUAUCGAUCAUAUCAAACCAUUUCCGCAUUCCUCGGAGGCAACGGCCUUAAAUCAUUCUGGCGACGGUAUCAAGUCAAUAUGACAAAGCGUCUAAAGGAGUACCAAAUUGGCUCACAGUGGGAGGAAUCGCCAGACUUCCUGACCUUCUUUGAAACAACAAUUUCAGCCGCAUUGAUGGAUGCUCUCUGUGGAAAAUAUCUUCUUCAGCGAAGCCCUAAUUUCCUGGUGGACUUAUGGCAGCUUGAUCGUGAGCUGGAUGUUCUUUUCAAAGGAACCCCCAAAUUUCUUGCACCGAAGGUAUACGCAACUCGGGAACGGCUUCUUGAUGCGAUCAAAGAUUGGCAAUCCUUUGCGAGGGAGCAUUUUCUGCCAUCAUUCAUCGAUUCCAGCGGGGAUGACCCUUUCUGGGGUAGUAAGUUCUUCAGGAACCGACAAGAUGUCUUCAUGGAGAUGGAUGGUAUGGAUUAUGAUGCAAUUGCAUCCGAGGACUUUGGGGCAAUCUGGGCGUCAACACGCAACUCAAUUGUGGCAGCCUUUUGGACAGUCAUAGAAAUCUUCCAAGAUCCGUCUCUCAUAGAAAGGGUCAGAGACGAGGUCAAACCGUGUGAAAACGGCGAUUCCGAGACAAUAUUCGAUAUCGAUAAGUUACUCCAGUCGCCGCUUCUACAUGCGAGCACCAAAGAAAUACAGCCUGAACAUACGGGACUGGCGCAUCCCCACGGGAAAACACUCCUUAUGAGCUCUACCCCGGCGCACAUGGAUACUGAAGCGUGGAACACAGGAGUGAAUAACGAGCACCCUCUUGAUAGCUUCUGGGCUGAGAGGUUCAUCAAAGUGGCCAACGAUGAGCAAAGUGGACCUAAGAAGUGCACAAGGCAAACGGCUUCUACUUCAGCCGAUUCGAAAUGUUCUCAUGACACCUCCAAUUCAAUAUUCGCCAUAGAUGAUGUUGAAGGGUCAUGGAUUCCUUACGGUGGAGGCCCUCGCAUGUGUCCCGGCAGACACUUUGCGAAACGUGAGAUUAUUUUGACAAUGGCAAUGAUGGUGACCAUGUUCGACUGUGACGUGUUGAAGAACGUUCGAUCGUUGAAAAUGGAUAUGAGAGGGUUUGGAUUUGGUACAUUGAAUGCGGUUGGCAAAGUUCCGGUACGGAUGAGACGCCGAAUCGUACACGAUAUCUGA